AUGGAGGGAAGUAGCAACCAGCAUUUUCGGAACCAACCCAAAGUCUUGUGUUUUGGAACAAUUAAUUUUAGUGAUUAUCAGGGACUAGAAGUGCCAGGUUCCAAGAAUGCUGAUGGUUUGAGCCAAGAGGUUCAGAACUCAGCUAUGAAGGAUCCGGUAAAUGGAAAGAAGGUGAAUGCCGAAGGAGGUCCUAUGGUGUUGAAAGAUGGAGAGCAUCGGAACCAGAAGUACCCCACAAGGCCAGAGGUGGAUAAUUGCUUCUAUUUUAUGUAUUAUGGUCGGUGCAAGUUUGGAUUAAAUUGCAGAUAUAACCAUCCAUACGAUCAGGUGGCCCAGUAUCUAACACCUGAAGCGUGUCUGGAUGAAACUGUGGUGACUCCGGAUUCGGGAUUUAAUAUUCCUGGCCCAGCAAUUCCUCCGGGAAUGAAUGAAUAUUAUCCUCACUACACAUAUAACGGUUCAAGCAAUUAUGGUUUUAACGGUUGGUUUGAUCAAUCGGAACCAUCUACCAUGGAAGGAGGAUUCCCUCUUUCUGGAUAUGUACCUAUGGAAGAUACUAUGCCAAGCUGGUCAUUUGGACCAACAGUAAACGAAAUUGGUCUGGUUGACCCCUACUGGUAUCAAGAAGCUCCAAUUUCUCCUUACUCUGAAUGGAGUGGAAAUCAGGUUCCUGUUGGGCAAAACAAAGAAAGGAGCGAGUCAAUUCCUCCAACCUUUUCCAUGAAAGCUGCAGCAGCUUCUGCCAAGCCUUUCCACCCAAACCAAGAAAGAGUGCCUCCAAAACAAGAAGAGGAUCUAAAUGACGGAGGCCUGCCUCUAAGAUCUGAUAUGGAGGUCUGUCCAUUCUAUGGUCACUACGGAGUUUGCAAGGAGGGGCCAGCAUGCAGUUUCAAACAUCCAAAAAAUCUGGGCAAGACUGUUCCUCCUGCUGCAUCUGAAGAGGCUCCGGUCUCUGCUGAUGGAAUUCAGGAAGCUCAUCAGGUGCCUCCUUCUGGAUUCCACCAAGCUCACCAACCCCAGCUUCCCGAUCUGAACAGUACUCAAGAUAAAAACUGA